AUGGCGAACAUGGAGCGCAGACUUGGUAAAGAGUUGCAAUCGGAAGACGUGGAAAACUUGUUGGAAAAAUCAGACUUAGAAGAUUAUUUGCUAUUCGAACAAGAUCUAGACGAUCCUCCUUUUAUGGGUUCACUAGAAAAUAUACCGUCCAGCUCAAGCGACAACGACAACGAGAGUGAAGAUGAGCAGGGCGACGAGUGGUUGCCGGAUCCUGAGCGCUUCUCCAUUUUUAAGACACUGGUCAAAGCAGCUGCAGAUGGGAGACAUCGUGGUUGUAGUCGACCACACCUUGCCAUGCAACAUGUGGCCGAUAGAAAUCGUCGAGCGCAUUUACCAGGGUCCCGAUGCGGCGUGCAAGUUCAACCAAACUGGUGUUUUAAAGCGUCCCGUUACAAAGCUCGUCGUGCUGAUGAAAGAAGAGGCUCGCAGCGCUGCGCCGCGCCGGGCGGGAGGACUGUUAUAGACGACGAUCCCCAACGAGCCCCGACGAAAAAUCUAAGUAGUUUAAGUCACGCCCCUUUUGUCUUACUAUGUGCACGCAUGAACUAUUGUACGUAU